GCUGCCUAGCGUUCCGGGACUGUGCCGGUGCGACUCAGGAGCUUGGAAUCAGGUUGGAAGGCGGUGGAUGCGAACUCGACACUUUGGAUGACCUCGGACUUGGGCUGCCCUAUCUUGCGUCUCCCGUCGGGAUCUUGCUCGAUUACUUAUUCUGCUUCCGCCCUCUAGUUCGCCAUGGUCAAGAUUCCCAUCGUCAAGAAGCGCACCAAGCCCUUCAAGCGCCACCAGUCUGACCGCUACAAGAGCGUGAAGGAGGCAUGGAGGAAACCUAAGGGUAUUGACAACCGUGUGCGGCGUCGGUUCAAGGGCCAGCUGCCCAUGCCUAAGAUCGGCUACGGCAGCAACAAGAAGACCCGUCACCUCCUUCCCAACGGCUUGAAGAAGUUAUUGGUAAACAACGUCCGGGACGUCGACCUUCUCUUGCUGCAUAACAAAAGCUUUGCGGCCGAGAUCGCACACAACGUCAGCAGCCGCAACCGGACACUCAUCCUCGAGAGGGCGAAGGUCCUCGGCGUGAAGGUCACCAACCCCACUGCCCGCCUGCGGUCAGAGGAGUAAAACGUCGUCGUCGGUAUCAUUGUUGUUUCGCUCGCUGCAUUCUACCAUGUUCAUGUAUCCAUUUGACUAUGCCGAAAAUAAUCGACAUGCGACCAUGUUCCAGGCCGAUAAAU